GCUGUGGCUCUCGGGGUAUGAGAGGAUAAACCGCUUGUCAUGCACGUCCGCGUGCUCAACGCUGCGCGCAAGGCCGCGAUCGCGUGGAACAACGCCUCCUUCCUCAGUACACCUGUCGACUUCCCCGUGGCCUCCACCUCGCAGCUUGCUGUCUCGAAGUCACCGCUCCUCGCGCUCCUCGCGAACACCGGCCAAUCGUCCUCGCCGAGCUGGUCCGUUCCCAGCACGAACUACACCAAGGGCGAGGAGCUCAUCGACGUGUUGAGCUGCGUGACGACCAAAGUCGGCAGCGCCGGUGCGGUGGCGUGGACGGGGAGCUCGGGGAUGCCUGCGGUGCGUGUAUCAUUUGCGUUGAGGACGCACCGCUGACGCCGGAGCGACAGGUCCUUCUGCCGACGUCGGUGUUCAACGCGAGCUACUGCAACACGCUCAAAGGCGAUGUCAGUGGAAACGCGGGCAGCCCGUGGGUCGCGCAGUCAUCUGGGAGGGGGCUGGGCUUGAGCGUGGCCGGUGCGCUGGUCGCUACGGCCUUUACCAUCUGGUCUCUCGCUACGUGGGCGCUCUAAGCGAGUGGAGCCCAGGUUAGAGUUGGAUGUACGCUGCCGUAGUGGUUGUGGACCCGGAUGAUGGUCGGCUUGUUGGUUGUGAUAUUU